UGUAUGAAUUUGAAUUACGCAGAUCUAGGGCCACGCGUUAUGGUGCUACUUCGGUAGUCCUUUCUGCUUCCGUCCAUUGCUGUCGCUACAAGUGGAACACCAAAAACUAUCUCCCUUUGCUUUCUCCUUCUUCCCGUUUUAUGUACAUACUUGCUGGUGUACAUUGUCGUCGCGUUCAAUCCUCAGACCUUUAAUGGUUUACGAGCCUGAGCGAAUACCGGCCACGUCCUUGGUGACGACGAACCCAGACAAGAAAAUCAAUCAGUACGUACAGCGCAGGGUGCUUCAUACGAAGCAUGGAAGUUCAACGAUAAUGCUCUGUCGGGAUAGUAAUGUGGAAGGCCGCGAUGUGGUUGUAAAAGCCGUCAAGCGACUUAGCAUUCAGGACAAGUCAAAGAUGUUCAAGAAGAGCUACGUGGCAGCUCGAAAGAACGAUCCACCCAGCUCUGAGCAGAGUGUCCAGAAAGAGAUAUCCAUCCUCAGGUCAUGCCGCCAUGCAAGUCACGUCCAGUUGUUGGAGGUCAUCGACGACCCUUCACAGGAUUCGGUCUUCAUAGCCAUGGAAUAUCUUUGCGGGGGCCAGAUCCAAUGGGAAUGCCAAGGAAAGCCGACGUUGACCAUUGAACAAAGUCGUCGAAUUAUUCGGGACGUCGUGCUAGGGCUGGAAUAUCUCCAUUACCAUGGUAUCAUUCACAGGGAUAUCAAACCUGCGAAUUUGGUCUGGUCGCAGGAUCGGUCAUACGUCAAAAUUAUCGACUACGGUAUUUCACACUAUAGCAGCAACUUUAGCCAAGUUUCCCGUCCUCAUACGAGGGCUCAAUUGGAUCCCUUGAGAAAUUGUGCGUUUUUCAAGGACCAAGACCUCUUGAAAAUGCGCGGGACGGGAUUCUUCUACGCACCAGAAGUCAUCUGGCUGCCCAGAGAUACUCCUUCUCCGGCUACAUCUUCCGACACUAUAGAGCCGUGCUCCGAGACACCAACAACUCGCCCACCUGUGACCAAAAGUGUCGAUGUAUGGUGUCUCGCUGUGACAUUGUAUUGCUUUCUCUUUGGCCACUUUCCGUUUCAUCCUACCCAGAAGCGGCACACAUCCCAUAACCAAUAUGUGCUGAACAAGCUUAUUCUUGACAAUGAAUGGGAGGUCGACGAGACAAUGGGUGCUGAUGUGGUGCCCACAGGUGGUAGAUGGCAUCCUCCUCACACUGCAAGCGUAAUUGGUCUCCUUGAUCAAAUGCUGCAGAAAGAUCCAAGGAAGAGGAUCAGCAUCGUGGAAUUGAAACGACAUCCUUGGAUUCUACAAGGAAUAGAAGACGUAGACGGCUGGACUUGGAAUACCUCUCCGGCUACGUAUUACAUGCAUCCCGGCUAUCGAUGGCUUAGACAGCUUCUACACAGAUUAUUUUCAAGAACUUACGGGUGGUAGUCGUUUUCUCGCUUUGGUCUUUUACGUUCAAGUUCUCCCAUUCGCUAUGUCAUUGGACACUCUAGGGUUUGACACGGACAGCCGUGAAAACUCUAGAUAUAUCGACAUCUUGGUGUAAUACUUAUUCGAUGGAUACUGGUAGAUCCUUUUUCCAAGGUGCGAUGUGAUACUUGUACACUACUAGCAUCUACAUAGAUUUCCUUCUUUUCUGGAGCAGUCCUGGUGUAACAUCACGGUGAGGAAAUUCUGCUUGUCCCGGAUCCAGAUGUUUCUGUCGAUGGUCCUCACUUCGUAAGGUAGAGAUGACUACAUCCAAAAUACGGCGUCGAUUUGAAUCCCGCUAAUAUAGAGAAGGAAAAUAGAAAGCCGGUCCAGGUAAACUGCG